AUGCGACACCUGAGUUUUAAGACACAAUCGGCCAACGAGAAGAUCGUAGAGCGUAAAUGGUAUGUAGUGGAUGCUACGAAUCAAACGCUGGGCCGCAUGGCUACAAAAAUUGCCCAUACACUUCGUGGCAAGAACAAGCCUUAUUACACGCCCCAUUUUGAUUGUGGCGAUUAUGUUAUCGUUGUAAACAGCGGCAAGAUCGUUCUUACCGGUAAUAAGCUGGAUGACAAGGAAUAUAUGACUUUCAGUGGUUAUCCUGGUGGUCAGAAGACCGAGACUGCCCGUAGCAUGGUAGCCCGUCGUCCAAACAAAGUGGUAGAAGUUGCCGUAAAAGGUAUGCUGCCUAAAAACCGUCUUGGCCGUGCGAUGUACAAGAAAUUGUUCGUUUACGAAGGUGCAGAGCAUCCGCAUACCGCACAACAGCCAACUGCUUUGGCAUAA